CAAACAGCCGUGCCAUGAUUUCUCUCUGGUGGAUUAGGAGUUGCCGCCCUUGAUUUAAAAACAGUUAAAGAGCCCGCCGAUUCUCUCCCGUCUUUUCUCCUGAUUUCUUUUACUCUUUACUACUGUAUUUUAUCGUUCUCCCAUCUCUCCAACUUAGAAUCAAACCAAUAACCAACAAUCUAUCUUUAAUUCAUCUGUCUCAAAGACACAUCCGAUCACCAUGCCUUUCACCGCCUCUGACAUCUGCAAGAUCAUCUUUGCGAUCAUCCUGCCCCCUCUGGGUGUCUUCCUGGAGCGCGGCUGCGGUGCUGAUCUCCUCAUCAACAUCUGUUUGACCAUCCUGGGCUGGAUUCCCGGUAUCAUCCACGCUCUGUACAUUAUCUUUAAAUAUUAGACCCGCUUUCAACCUCUUUUCCAUCCGACCGCCCGCGACCACCGCCAGCCAAUUCGGGUCCAUCAAUUCGAUCGAUCGAUCCAUUGAUUUUUUUCUUCAGUGGAAAAUCUGUCGGCCGUCUUUCGGACUUCCAAUUCAACGGGAGGGAACGGUGAUGUGUGUCAGCAGUACCUACUUUCCCGUGGAAUGAUGGUCGACCCACCCGAGUCUAGCCAAAUGCAGCCGCGCCACUUGGCGGCGACCCCCAUUGGAUAGUUUGGUUGCGUGAAGGUCAGCGACGUGGUCUCUGGCUUCGCUGUGUUGUCAUUGCGAUGGAGUUGGGAUUGAUUGAUUGUUUCCUAUGCCUUGACUGUUUUCUGUUAUGAUUAUUAUGUCCUUAUGCUGGAUUCUUUUGUCUUUUUUGUUCCGGAUGAUACCAGCUCAACUGUGGUCCUGGGCUCUGUUUUUUUUUUUUAAGUAGUCUUUAUCCUUAAUUAUGAUCUUUAUCUCUGGGAAAA